AUGGGUAAUGAGAGCACUGUGUCUGAGUUCAUCCUCCUGGGACUCCCCAUUAGAGCAGAGGAUCAAGGUAUAUACUCUGCCCUCUUCCUGGCCAUGUACCUGACAACUGUGCUGGGGAACCUGCUCAUCAUCCUGCUCAUCAGGCUGGACUCUCACCUCCACACCCCCAUGUACUUCUUCCUCAGCCACUUGGCCUUCACAGACAUCUCUUUUUCCUCAGUCACAGCUCCAAAGAUGCUCAUGAAUAUGCUAAUGCACAGUCAGUCCAUCUUAUAUGCUGGGUAUGUGGCCAUCUGCCAUCCUCUGCACUAUACUACCAUCAUGAACCAGAACCUCUGUGUCCUUUUAGUAGUUGUGUCCUGGGUCUUAUCCUCUGCCAAUGCCCUUGUACACACCCUUCUCUUGGCUCGCCUAUCUCACUUUAGAAACAAUACUAUACCCCACUACUUCUGUGAACCCUCUGCUUUAUUGAACCUGUCCAGCUCAGACACCACCAUCAAUGAGAUGGUCAUCCUUCCUUUAGGUACUCUAGUCAUUACCCUGCCAUUCAUAUGUAUCCUGGUAUCUUAUGGCCGAAUUGGGGUCACCAUUCUGAGAACUCCCUCCAUCAAGGGAAUCUGCAAAGCCUUGUCCACAUGUGGUUCUCACCUCUCUGUUGUUUGUCUGUACUAUGGAGCUAUUAUUGGGCUAUACCUAGUCCCUUCAUCUAAUAACACCAAUGACAAGAAUGUCAUUGUGGCUGUGAUAUAUAGCCUGGUCACGCCCAUGGUGAAUCCCUUUAUUUAUAGUCUGAGGAAUCGGGAUAUGAAAGGAGCAUUGAGAAAUAUCCUCAACAGAAGACUGUGUUCACAAUGGUGGUAA